GUGAUUCUCCGGUGGGUUAGAUUCCUGCGUGCGGCAAUGAGGCCCUGUCGGCGCGCUGUGGCCCUUGCAGGCUGAGGUUUUGGGGGUGCUGCCGCGAAAGGAGGCGGGGGAGGAGAUAGGCGCAGAAAACCGGUUUGCUGCACCAGAGCCUAGGGUUCUAGAGCGGCCAGGGUCCUGACUCGCGGCUUGCCCACUGUGCUCCCCGCACUUUUAAUUGUUCUGGAAAAGGCUUGAAGUGGGGCUGAAAUAAGAGGGCGAGGUUCACAGGCUGUAAAGUGGGUCCUGCUAAUAAUACUUAUUAACAAGCAGUGCUGACUUUAGGCCAAGCAUUUUCUCCAACUUUACGGUGAAAUCUUGCGACGAUACCGUGAGCUGAACGCUAUUCUAUUCUUCAGAGAUGGGAACCGCAGAGAUAGAGUAAUCUGUUUAGACAGCUGCGGCUCGGGGAGUCAGUCUGGUUUUAGGGUCAGGUGCCCUUCACACUGUGCCCUGCUGCCUCCUAUUCUUGUUAAUGAGCUACGCAGCUUGUAGAUUCAUAGGAAAUGGUGGUUUUGUUAUUUCCAAGGGCUGCUUCAGAUCUAACAAUAGAUAACUCAAAACCAGUGUGGUGGCCCACUAGAGCUUCACUUUAGCGCUUGCCAGAUUUAGAAGUCUGGGGAGUUGGAGUAGUGUCAGGGAAUCUGGAGAGUGGAAGUGGUAUAAGGACCCUUAGAAGAUCUUCAAAGACCCCAGGCUCCAGUGGUUUGUGGAGGCUCCACAUGACUCCAAACCAUAUACUGAAUAUGGUUUGGGGCCCAUUUGCUGCCCAUUCAUAGAGUGAUCCACGUACGCAUCCCAUGAUUCUGGCUGCUGACAAAACACUUCAUUUUUAAAAUAUGUUGUUGUUACUUUUUUCCCAUAAAGCACCUUUUAAUGUUUGUCUCUACCACCAUAACUUAAUUCUGCUGUGAUAAGGGAAUGGAGACUGUGCCGGUCUGUGCAGUAAGCAUUUAGCACUGGCCUGUAUUGGUGAUACUGAGAUACAGAAGAGAUAGUUCCUGUUCUCUGGUAGCUUGCCAGUACUGUGGGAGACAGAAAACAGGAAUGUAACAUAAGAAAAACUAGGGCAGAAGCAGGUGGGAUGGGGGAGGGGGACACAGAAAAGGAAGGUUUGUUAAGAAAAGCUUUAUUUAGGAAGUCAAAGGGGACUUGGAAAGAAGGGUAAUAGAGAAAUGGAGAAGGCUGGUUCAAGCAAGGAUGGGGUGAGCAAGAACAAGGAUGUGGGGUGGGGGCAGGAAGGAGAUGAACAUAAUUGUGUGUUAUCUACCAGGCUUGUUCCUGGUGACUUAAACAUAGUAAUCCAUUUGCUUCUCCAGAUGGCCCGUGAGGUAAGUUAUAGUCCCUCCAUUUUGUAGAUUCGAAGACAAGCUCAGAGGAGUUAAAUGACUUAGCUAUGAUACGACGUGCUGUGUUUUGACAUCAGAUACUCGGUUUCACCUGACUUCUCUAUGUUGUUAUCCCGUGUACGCCUGGCCUCCACGACAGUCCGAUUUGUUCAUUCCCUGAUCUGCAGUUCUUCCCGUUCCUUCAUGGAUUUGAAGGCCCUCCUUUCUUCCUUGAAUGACUUUGCAUCCCUCUCAUUUGCUGAAAGUUGGGACAAUGUUGGAUUACUGGUGGAACCAAGCCCACCACACACGGUGAGCACCCUCUUCCUCACCAAUGACUUGACAGAGGAAGUGAUGGAGGAGGCACUGCAGAAGAAGGCCGAUCUCAUUCUCUCCUACCAUCCGCCCAUUUUCCGACCCAUGAAGCGAAUCACCUGGAAAAGCUGGAAGGAACGCCUGGUGAUCCGGGCACUCGAGAACCGAGUUGGGAUCUACUCUCCUCACACAGCCUAUGAUGCUGCCCCCCAGGGAGUCAACCACUGGUUGGCUAAAGGGCUUGGAGUUUGCACCUCCAGACCCAUCCAUCCUUCCAAAGCUCCUGACUACCCUACGGAGGGAACACACAAAGUAGAAUUCAGUGUUACGAACGACGAGGACCUGGACAAAGUCAUUUCUGCAGUGAAAGGAAUUCCAGGUGUUUCUGUCACUUCUUUUUCUGCUAGGACCGAUGAUGAGGAACAAACACAGCUCAAUCUGAAUUGUACUCAGCAGGCUUUGAUGCAGGUGGUGGCUUUUCUUUCCCAGAACAGACAACUUUAUCAGAAGACUGAAAUUCUGUCACUGGAGAAGCCUCUGCUUCUGCAUACUGGAAUGGGACGGUUAUGCACACUGGAUGAAUCCGUCUCCUUGGAAACCAUGAUCGAGCGCAUCAAAAAGCACCUAAAACUGUCUCAUGUUCGCCUUGCUCUCGGAGUAGGGAAGACCCGAGAGUCCCCUGUCAAAGUCGUGGCCCUGUGUGCUGGCUCUGGGAGCAGCGUCCUGCAAGGCACAGAGGCUGACCUUUACCUCACAGGUGAGAUGUCCCAUCAUGAUGUUUUGGAUGCUGCUUCUCAAGGAAUAAAUGUCAUCCUCUGUGAACAUAGCAACACCGAACGAGGCUUUCUUUCUGAUCUUCGAGAUAUGCUGGCUGCUCACCUGGAGAAUAAGAUUAAUAUUAUCCUGUCAGAAACAGACAGGGACCCUCUUCAUGUGGUAUAAUGCAUGUAGGAACAACAGGAUGACACAGCCUACUGAUCAUUUGGCUCCCAACUUGAAUGUAUAACAUGACUCAGUGGGGUUGGUAUCCUUCUGGAAAAAUGUCUUAGAAGGUGUAUUACCAUUUCUGGUUUCUUAAUCUGCUUCACCAAAUGUUCUACAGCUCGUAAGGUAAAAACUAUAAUGUAACUCCCAUUAAAGAACAAGUACUCGUUAUAAAGAUCAAAUUAAAGAAUUUUUUUUUAAUGAUUCAAGGAUUUAUUAAGUCAUACUGAAAUGGAGUUUUAACUAAAGAACAACCCCCCUUGGCUAAGAAGGCAGCUGCAAGCCUUUCCAGCUGUGCUCAUCACUAUGCCACCCUUCUUGUAAUAAUGUAACAACUGUGUGCCCUAUGUCCAAGCCAGCAGCCCUGCUAAUCAGGUACCCAGCAUUGCUUAUCAGUUCUGCUUCUGUAACCUUGCUUGCUCAGUUUCUUAGGGAGGAACACUGUCUGCCUGGGGAUGGGUGGGUCCGGGAUGCUUACAUGGAAAAAUCAAGACCUUGGAGUGCAUAAAAGUUACUGAGAACAAAGACCUGGUGCUCAGACUCUGGAGGUGACCCUUCUGAGCCCGCACCGGUGCUGAGUAAACCUUGCUUUUCCAUA